AUGUUGGUCCUCAAUUCGGUAAUAGUGGUAAUGGUGGUAACGAGGAUGACUGAAACUUUGAUGAUGAAAGUGACAACGGACUUGGUUGGAAUCAAAACCACAACGGUGGUAAUAGGCGUAAUCAAGGCAACCGGGGUGGAAAUGGGAACUACAACAAUAAUUGGAACAGCUAGAAUUUCCCCAAUGGUGGCAACAAUGACUACAACGAUGGAUUCGGAAAUCAAGGCUUUGGGAAUCAAUAUCGAAGGAAUCCAAAUGGUGGAUUCAACAAUGCAAAUGGUGGAUACUACAAUGCAAAUGGUGGAUACUACAACGAAGGUAACCAAUUCCCUCAUCUUUAUUUUCCGCAGCCUAAUAGACAUGAAAAGACUAUCCCACGAAGCCCACAACACAAUGGUGUAG